AGAUAAACGGGGUGUCUAUUAACUUGAUUCGAGCCUUUUAACACGCCUUUACUCGCUCCGUUAAGUGUUUUAAAAGGAAAGUUCGUUGCCGUUUGAGGGGAGUCUUGGAAUGAUUUGACCGUUACGCUCGUCUUUUAAAUCUUAAAACCGCGGGAACAAAAGCGCGGCUUGUUCUCCGUGACCGUUCGCGAUGCGUUUAUGGUGCGUUUUGCGAGUUUCAUCGUGAAUGGCUCUCUUAUUUGUCUGUGAAUGAGUGAUUUGUGUGUGUGUGUGUGUGUGUGUGUGUGUGUGUGUGUGUGUGUGUGUGUGUGUGUUUUGGCAGCGUUCAGCUGUAGUUUGAAAUGUGCUGAUCCUGUUUGUGCUGCGCAAACGCUUCGCAUUCAGAACGCUCUCGUGAUGAACGGGUGAAGUUUGAUUGAUCGGCUCGAUUCGAGCCAAAUGCUGAUCGCACAGAACGGCUUUUGUUCAUAAACGGGUCGAUGGGAGCGGAAGGGAACCGCUGGAGGACCACGGCCAAACGGAGGGCGUUCCGAUCCUCUGAUGGCGUUCACUCUGGUGGGCGGGGCCUCUCUGUGUGGAGGGGCGGCCCUCGUGCUCCUCGUCAUCUCCACGGCUACUGACUAUUGGAUGCAGUAUCGCUACUCAGGGAACGCAGCCAAUCAGGGCCUCUGGAGGUUCUGCAUCAAUCGCAAGUGCCACGCCCACACGCUGACCGUGGCAUUCUGGGACGCCACGCGGGCCUUCAUGCUGCUGUCGGUGCUGGGCUGCUUCGCUGGAGUGCUCCUGGGGGUCACCGCGUCCAAACGGCCCCGGAGCCGACGGGUGCGGAGCGGAGGCAUCGCCCUGCUGCUGUCCGGAUUUCUUGCGCUCUUGGCUCUGGCGAUCUACACCGGCAUGACCGUCAACUUCUUCGGCAAGCGCUACAUCGACUGGAGGUUCUCGUGGUCUUAUAUCUUGGGUUGGAUUGGCAUCAUAUUGGCUUUUGGAGGAGGCGUCCUGCAGCUCUGUGCUCAUCAGAGGAGCGUCUCUGAACCGGCGCCGGCGAGCGUCUCCGACAGCUGAGACACACACACACACAGAGACACACACACACACACACACACACACACACACACACACAGACACACACACACACACACACACACACACACACACACACACACACACACACACACA